AGUCGAUAAUCGCACGCAAACUUAACUGGUCCUGAUCUAGUGUUAAAUACAACGCAAGGCUGAACCUGUGCGAACCGCUGGCUAGGCCAGCUCUAUUUCAGAACUGAAAGAAAACUUGUCCGGUGUGGAGGAUCAUACAUAUUUUCGGCCUAAAACAUGGCGGAAGACCCUAUCAAUUUUCCCCAUGGUAACGAACCAAAAGCUGAAGGACACUCACCAGAGGAGACAGUGCAUGUUAUGAUAGGUGACACAAUUAUGGAACUAACUCCAGACCCAUAUAUCAAGCUCGGGGAAAUUGGAAUGUGGUACAAGGAACUGGUCAUCACAUACUCUUCGGAACCAAGUUCAUCGAGUAAAAAAUUCCUGAAGAGUAACAAAAGAUUUACUUCUGACAAGUCAUUGAUACGGAUUAUAUGGGAAAAUAUGCGGAGAAAGUAUAAUGCUUUCCUCAAGCACAUUAACACUGAGAGAAAGACCCUCCGCUUUUCCGUUCUAACUGAUGUCGAUUUCAAAAGGUUAAAAGAAAAAGCUACGUUCAGUAUGGACGAGCUACAGACAGACAUGUUGAAAGACACUUGUCUGGAUGGUUUUGUACUGAAGGAGAUUGCAGAUGCAGGCUCACUGCCAGAAAGUGCCUGUACUGAUUCGGGGUUAGAAACGGACAGCAUGAAAAAAUCAAGUUGCUCAGCGGGAGUGUUUAAUUUAUACACCGACAGCACAUUCAUGAAAGGAAUAAAAAAUGACUUGAGCGAUAUCAAACAAUCUAUCUUAAAUUUGCACACCUGUUCAUGUAUAAAUGAACGUAGAUAUCGACGUACCUCCCGACAAAAAAUCUUUGGCGAGCGGUCGCAUUUUUUAAAGUAUACUCGCCGACAAAUGUCGAAUGAAAUCCGUGGACAUUUCUCUACCUCAACGGAUGAAGAUAACUUAGAAAUGCCAAAUGAUAGCGAGAAUUUUGGGCUAGCAGACCAAUGGUUUGCACCUCGACCAGAUCAGCCUGGACAACCGACUAGUAAUUCUUAUAUACCUGUAAAGAAUCGCAACCAUUGCCAUACCAAGUACAGUUUUUCCAGGUUUCAGCUACAGGAAACACCUAGUUGUCAUAUUCCACCCUUUGAAUAUGAAACAUAUAAGUUAGGACACCGGAGAAAAGAGAGCACCGGGUCAAACGACGACGAUGUCGAAGGAAAGUGUUUAAAAAGAACUUUAAUCAAACAAAUGUCAACGAAAACGAAACGGAAACAAGAUCAAAGUAAGCGAAAAAAUAAAGUGCAGGGACAUCCAGAUGGUUCAUCGAGGAGUCAUGACAGUUCUAGCCCGGUAUCCAGGAGCGGCGUUAAAGUAUUAAACCCAAGGCCAGCGAAAACAGAACAAGAACAGCGAUACACAGAAAAAAGGAUCGCAGAUCGUGAAUCACCUCAAAAUAAGCCUAAAGAAGGCACCGCUAUGGGACUAAAUCAUGCUAUCAGUCAGAAUCAACUCGCGUGUCAGACACCGACGGUUGAGCCUCAGCAAGACCUAUUAUUGAAGACGGACAAAAGACAGAAGGCGGACAAAGAUUUAGCCAUUAAGGAUCAGCAUGGACAGGUAGACGCAAAAGACAGGACAAGAUAUGUGGACGACGAACUAUUACUUGAGAAGACAAUAUCAAUGAUGGAGCAACGCGGAGAUGUUGAUCUUGAGACUGACGGCAUUACUGAUCCGUCACUAUUGUCACGAAUUUUCAACCGGAAAAAGCAAGAUGUAACGAAUGAUACUGAAAACCCCGAAACUGUGAAGACAGAGCAGGACGACGUAGUGAUUGCUGAAACGGCUCCACAUCACGGAGAACAGGGUACACGUAUAGCAGUGAGUCCUCAGGAACUAGACCGUGAUGGCUCUGAAGUGUCUUGUUCUACAUCCCUUACAGAAUCACGGGUGACAGACACUACCGGAUCAGCAGACGUUUGUGAUCUGGAAGUUGACACUGAUGGUUCUGUCCGUACAAUCACGCCGGAGGAUCUAGAAUGGAGUUUAGAGUCUGAUAACAGUUACGUGCCAGGCCUUGAUGCCGAAAAAAUGUUGCGGAGAGUUGGACUGGAUACAAAUGCGUCAUUAAUCGAACUCCUGAACAAGAACAAAAAAAGUAUUGAGAACAGCAGUCAGGAGGCGAAAGGGAAUGGCAUCGAUACUGUGUUGUUGGUAGACGCUUCCUCGAGUAUGGGCGAAAAAUCAUUUGAGCAAAUGAAAUCAGCUUGUCAUAGCAUUGUGGAAUUCGUAGAAACUGUUGCAGCUGAAAAGAAUAUAGAGGAAAAUCUUGCUCUUGUUGUGUUCGGAAGAAAUCCAAUGAUAUUGCAGCAUUUGACCAUGGACUAUAGGAAACUGUACGAUAAGAUAGAAAAUAUUGAACCCGGAGGAUCGUCGCCAAUGUGCCUGGGAACACUGCUGAGUAUGAUGGAGUUACAUCUCAGAGGUGGUACAACGUCUAUAGCCAGAUAUCAGAUCCCACCUAGAGUUAUCAUCUUGACAGAUGGGCGACCUACCGAUGAUAGUAGAUUCCAACACCAGGAAAUCGAGUUUGCAGUGAAAUCUCCAACGGUCAAAGAAAAUGUUCUGCUUGCCAUGGACGACAUGAGGCAUCAUGGCUACAAGGUCGUCUGUAUUCCUGUUGGCCAAGCAAUUAACAGAACCUUUAUGGCUGACAUGGUUGGACAUGCGGACGGCAGCAUAGUAGAGAUGGAUGAUCUUAGCUCCAUAAAGAAGCACUUUCUGUUACACUACACCAUCGCAAAAGUGAUUGGAGUAUCCAGAGACACUGGGUUUGAGAAUCAAUACCAAGAAGUGAUAGGAAGAGAAACAGCAGGAUUGGUACCAAGUAGCUUCGAUGGCGUAUCAUUCACUGAGGCCGAUGUGACUAUGAUUACGACAGAACUCGAAAAAUCUGAAGAAUUGAACGACAUAGAAUAUCCUGAUUUAAAUCUGCCUCCCAUUGGAAGUCGUGUGUCCAUUCCAGCAGAUUUCAUGUCAUCACACUCAGGAGAUAGUAAAGAGUAUGGAACAGUGAUUCAACAAAAGUCUACAGGCACGAUCAAAGUAGAAUGGGACGCCGGGAUGUUCAGUUUCCUGGACUACAGCACGGAAAAGAUGAAUCUAAAUCUAGAUAUCGUGCAGGAACCCCGACGACUGAGCAAGGGCUCGCUCAUUGAAGUGGGAGUAGAAGUUAUCAAGGUUCCUACAGCCGCGGAAAUAAAAUCAGAUACUGUACGAGGGAGAGUUUUUCUGACCACAAACAACGGAUAUGUGAAGGUUCGUUGGGAUGAUGGAACUCUGGGAAGAUACAGAUAUGGAGCUGAUGCAACGUUCGAACUACACAUAGUUUUGGAGUCCUAUGCGUUUAAUGAAUAUGUAUGGCAAUACCAAGGGGAAGCUGGGAAGUGGAUAACUUAUCCACUAGAUAAUCAACAGAAACUUGAAAGUGCAUUCAUGAAACGCAGCAAAACAGCAACUACCAGGACUACUCGGUCGUCCGGCAGAAUAAUAUUUGCAGAUAUGACAGAAAUACAUACACAAGGUGAUGAUGUUGGGGGAAAACGGCCCGUAAGACGAAUUACUGUAGCAGAGAUGAAGACAAAUUUUGUAUAAUUAAAAAGAAGACGAAUCUGUUUCAAUAUAAAUCAUUGAGUGAGUUGUAAUCUAACUCACGAUGUUGUUUCCUUCAUCCUUAUUUAUAUUGUAAGCAAAUCGUCAUGCAGCAAAACCUUUACGCUACUUUUCUUAAUAUACAUUAAAACUAUUUUAAACAUACUAUAUCGUAUAGACAUUAGUAUAAAUAUGUUUGUAGAUUGUUGAGUGAAGUGAUAUUAUCAUUAACAUACCAGAGAUCCCUUGUAAUUGUGGAAGUUUAAUUUAAAGUUCACACUCCGUCCUCUUGUCACUUGUAAGUGUUAUCUACCGACAUUGGCAUUAACAAUAAUUAUAAUUAAAACGGAUAUAAUUUGAUCGUGCAUGUUCAGCUACAUUACCAGUUCAAAUGUGUCCAAUCUAUAUAUAAGCUAUGUAAUGUAGACUGCCAUUUUAUCUAGCCUUCAUGUUGACAAUUUGUUUUUUUUAUAAAUAGUAUAAAAAUGUAUGCUAAAUGUCUACGUUACUGCACUCAUAUAACUAUGAACGUUCUAAAAAGUGAAUGAUCAUUUUAACACUUUUACUGAAGAUAAUUCAUACUAAAUAAUAAUGUAUGAUUCUGUUAAUAAUAUUCUGAUCAAUAGUGGUAUAAACGUCAGUUUUUCAAUAUCUAUCAGAUCGUGUGCUACAAUGAUACAAAGUUAAUAUGUUUAUUUAACACAAAUUAAUGUGUUUGGUCCAUAUUUAUAUUCAUAUUUUAGAAUUAAAAUAAUAAUUUCACAAAAUACCACUGCGAAAUAUUAAAUUCGUAUUAAAAUGCUGAUUUUCACUUUCAAUAAUUCCCAACAUAAAAUUUAUUUGUUUUUUACUUUUGAUGGCGCAUAUGCUUUUUUUAAUGUGUAAUGCGACUUUUUCAUUGACAAUCAAAUAUUAAGUAUUAGGUUUGAAGAUACAUGUAUAACGUGAGAGUUAGUGUGAGUAUGGGUAAGCGUGUAUAUAAUUGUUGAAUAUAACUAACAACUAAUGUAAAUAUAUGUAUGCACUUUCCGUUCUGUCACAUAAACAACCAAAAGAAUAUAUGAGCGAAAAAGGUCACCGUAUUGUAACAUAUUUAACUAUUUUCUUUCUUUUUUGUGUGUGUGCUUUUUUCAUCCUGUUAGAUUUAAAUAUAUAUUAUGUAUUCUUGACAUAAUCAAUUUAAUGAAUCGGCGAAACGGCAUAUAUGAUUUCCUUUUCAAACAGUGUAUCAUUAAAACUUUGGCAUGUAUGUUUACCCUAUAAUGUCUGAUGAAAAAAGCGUAUUACACUAGUGCGAGCGUUUAAAUAUAGUAAUACAAUAAUGUAUUAGUUACAUGCUAUGACGAUAUUCAAAUUAUAGGUAGUCAAAACAUUAAUUAAACUAUCUAACAACUGAACAAUUAUGUUUUUGUAAUGGUAGAGAUAUAUUUGAAUCUAUGCUGACGACAGCGACCAUAAAGUGGUUCGGGAGUGCUAUUAAUCAAUAACAGACGAAUGUUUCAAUAAAUACAUUUUCAUAUAGAUAUAUGGAAGCGUUGUAACUUAGUAUUUUUUUGAGAAAAAAUGUUAUUCACGAUGUUUUACAAUGUCUUUAUAGUCAGAUGUUCACUCAUGUACAUCAAUGUGUAAAUGGUCACUGUUGUUUAUACCUUCGUGUACUACAGUAAGUGAUUAUGUAACGUUCAAAAAUCAUGGCUACCAGAUAUUGUUACAUAUUUUGAAGGACUUGACAGAUCUUUAUUUCCAUGAAUGCAAUAUGUAGAAGCAUAUUUUACUCCUUUACAUGCUAUAAUUAGAAGGGGUUUAUUUUAAUGCUAACAUAAUACACUAUCACUCAUUACAACCGUUCGUUUAGUUUCAUAUUUCUGUGAAUGUUUAUAUUUUGAGUUCUUACAUCAUACAUUUAUAAAUGUAAUCGGAAGAGAUGAUCAGCCGACUGUGAAACAUACUGUUAUAGAAAUGUUUUAGUGACUUGGUAUUAAUUAGAUGUUAACCUUAAUGCCACAUUUCCACAUAAUAUGUAUUGCUGAAAUAAUGAGUUUAUCAAUAAGUUUUAACUCCUAACAGAUAAAUCUGUUUACAUUUUACAUAAAUAAUCGGUAUUUUGUGUAUUAUUUAUGGAAAUCCCGAAAUAUGCAAACAAACACUCAAAUAGUCUUCAUAUAUAAACAGAGAGACUGACAAACAACCACGAGAGACCAUAACCAUGAGAUGUCUGCUAGAUUUGCGCUUAAAAAUGAUUUGAUAUGUAAUGAUAAAUGAUAGUUUGUGAUAGUUUUGUGGUUAUGUUGCAAUAUCAAUUGUGAGGAUAUAAGGCCUUUUCCCAUAUGUUAUUUUUUGUAAUUCCUCCUUUUUACCUAGUUAUGGAACGUGCUUUUCUUCGAAGAGCGAUAGUGUUUACUUGUGCAAAUUAGAUGUCUUAUCAUAUAAUAUAAGGUAUCGUAGUAUAUAUUUAUCAAAUCAGUCCAUAGUAACUUUUGACCAAUCAGCUAUUACGUCUUAGAGAGUUGUUGGUAUUGAAAGCUUCAGUUUCAUUCUUCGUAGCGUCCUGGCUGAUUGAACUUGUUUGUUUUGGUUUACCCACCCACCAUUCCCUGCAUCGCCUCAAAUUAAUUUGCUGUGUAAUUGGGUUUUUUCAGGUACAUGUAUGUAUACAGUAAACUUCAUAUUUGUCUAUUUGGUCAAUUUAUUACACGCUGCCCCUUUGUGAGGCUUCUUUUUGCCGCUUCAUGUUGUAUUUUAUAUGUAAUGUUUAUGUUAGGUGGGUUACUCACUCUUUUGCUUGAGACUUUAUAAACAACUAUGUGUAAAGUCAGUGUUAUUUAGAUUUGCAAAAUCAUUUCUUAUAUUAUUUGCUUCAUUAAAUAAGGAUUAUAUACAUUACAUUCAAUUAAAAAGUAUAAUUUAUCUUCUGUACAGUUACAUUUUGUAUACAUCUUACAUGAGCGUUCCUCUAGUGGAAUCACAGGUUUGGAGUAUCUGCCAGUUUCCACUGCUAGAGGUAUAGAGCCACAUCUAUAAUUAAAAAGUACUCUUCGAUUGAUCUUUUGUCUAACAAGCUUGACAUAUGAAUCCGGUAUUAAAUUUGAUUUAAAAGUU